GAGAGAGAGAGAGAGAGAGAGAGAGAGAGAGAGAGAGACAGAGAGAAAUGUUAUGGAUAACUAGCUCAGGGCUGAAGGACUAGGCAAGAGUCAUUUCCAUUCUCCAUUGAUGCCACCUGGGUAUCAACCGUUCUCUCCGGCUUCAGCUAAAUCAUGGACUUUUGUUCCAUGCUCCAGAGCUCCUAACUGAAUAGCGUGCAGUGAGCCCACCAUGGAGAACAGCACGUCGUCCGUCCUCUCCAACCACAGCUCCUCUCCUCUGGACGGGCUGAGAGACAUGCCGCUGAAGCCCGUGGAGGAGCAGGUCAUCACCGUCCUCCUCACCGCGGUCAUCUGCUGCACGGGCAUCGCCGGCAACAUCAUGGUGGUCCUGGUGGUCCUGGGCACCAAGCACAUGGUCACCCCCACCAACUGCUACCUGGUCAGCCUGGCCGUGGCCGACCUCAUCGUGCUGCUGGCCGCCGGCCUGCCCAACAUCUCCGACGCGGCGGCGGCGUCCUGGGUCUACGGCCACCGCGGCUGCCUGUGCAUCACCUACCUGCAGUACCUGGGCAUCAACGUGUCCUCCUGCUCCAUCACCGCCUUCACCGUGGAGCGCUACAUCGCCAUCUGCCACUCCAUCAGGGCCCAGUCCAUCUGCACCGUGUCGCGUGCCAAGAGGAUCAUCGCCGCCGUCUGGCUCUCCACCGCGCUGUACUGCGUCAUGUGGCUCUUCCUGGUGGACACGGACGAGGCGGUGUACGCCAACGGCGUGGUGGUGACCUGCGGCUACCGCGUGUCCCGGAGGCUCUACAUGCCCGUCUACUUCCUGGACUUCGCGCUGUUCUACGUGCUGCCGCUGGCCGUGGCCACCGUGCUGUACGGCCUCAUCGCCAGGAUCCUGUUCGUGAGCCCGCUGCCCUCCGACCUGCGGGACCGCGGCGGCGGCGGCGGCGGCGGCGGCGGCUCAGUGCACCAGGGCCAGGCCCGCAGCACCGCGCUCAAGCCCAGGAGGAGCACGGCGUCCGGGAGGAAGCAGGUGACCAAGAUGCUGGCGGUGGUGGUGGCGUUGUUCGCCCUGCUCUGGAUGCCCUACCGCACCCUGGUGGUGGUCAACUCGGUGACCGACCGCCCCUGCACCGACGCCUGGGUGCUGCUCUUCUGCCGCGCGUGCGUCUACUGCAACAGCGCCAUCAACCCCGUCAUCUACAACCUCAUGUCCCAGAAGUUCCGCCUGGCCUUCCGGAGGCUCUGCGGCUGCGAGGCCGGCGGCGGCGAGGGCAAGGCGGCCAGCCAGGUGCCCGUGUACUACAGCGCCAUCAAGGACUCGCUACCCGAUAGCGGCGAGCCGAUCACGAUGCAGGAGGAUGUGCGGGGAGGGGCCGGGCCGGGAGGCGCGGCUGCCCGUGGGAGCCAACGAAUACGGCAUUAGGGGGCUGGUGUGAGGUUGUUGUUGAUUUUGUUGACUGUUAGUAUCAAAACUCAAUUAGCAAAGGGGUUAGAAUUUGGUACAGUCCUUCUUUGUUGAAAAUUGGUAUUUACUGCAGAUAUUUGUUUGAUUUGUUGUAAUUUUUUCUGUUAACAGUUUAUUUGGUAAUAUGCUAACUGCCAAAUAAACUUUUUCUAUCUUGUUAUAUUCACAUUUAUACGACAUGUCUUUACUUCACAUGUAAUAUAAACUAUACACAUUAAUACAGAUGCUUAAAAACUAUUUGAACCAAUAGUGAUCAUUACUGUACUUACCGUAUCUUACCAUAGCAGAAAAACAAUAAAGUAGCCUACGAAAUGAAUGCUGUCAUGAACGCUGGUUAGACGUUGUGUCAGACAUUAAUGCAGCAAAUUAUGUUCUGAAGUGGUUCUUAUAUCAUAUGGCACCUAUAUUUCCUUGCAGAUCAUGAUGUUUUCGAUUGUAAGUUAAACAUUUAUGCUGAUUAUAAUAUAUAUAUAUUUGAUUUGAUAUAGCAUAAUAAUAUGUUUUCCAGUGCAGCUUGGUUUGAAUGGAAACACCACACUUACACAACUGACCUGAUUCAGCCCUCUGAACAAUUCAAUGGACAGACUUACAUUCCCCAUGAUAGCAUUAUUAAGUCAUUAUUAAUGUAGCCAGAUGCAUCUUAGGUAUUUCCAUUAGUAUGUAAGUAUUUGUGGCAAUGCUUAUGUUCCAGCCCAAUGCUUGUGUUGUGUUUCCAGUUGCAACGAUUUUUUGUGUUCACUUUGAAAAAUGUGUUGUUAUUUAUUCAACUUUUGAAAACUGUAUUUUGUUAAUACUCGUUUUUUCAAUGCUGA